CUGGUACAAGAAAGAGAAGAGGAUCAGAGAAACCAAACUUUAAACUGGGUUCGAAUCAAAACGGUGCAAAAAGAAGAAGGCGAGAUUCGAAGCGGCGGCGGAGGGGUUUCUCUAGGACCGACGAUAUACGAGUGUGCGGACGAAAAUACCCCUAGUAUUGGUGGAGCUUUUGCUCCCUUUCUCUGUUGUAGAAAAGUUGUUUGUUUUGUUGACGAAAUAUGUUCCUAUCUCUAGUUCUAGUUCCAACGCAACCAGUGCAUUGUACCUCACGGACCCACGGUCUUGACUCUUCACCUCGCAGAACUACUCCUCGGCCUCUUCACUUCGCACCUCAACGUCGGCUUCUUCAUCGGAAAGACCCGCCAGAGGCCUCUCUGUUGUUCCUUUCCGGGAAUCGGAUUCCUUUGAGCUUUGAUUUUACCGGAAAUUUGUAAGCGGAUCUGAUAAGGCUUUCGUAUUGCAUGACAUGGGGAUGUUGAUUGCAAUGAGAAUUCGCUUCAGACACUAAUUCCAGUAGACAGAUUCUUGUUGCGUUAUUGCCUCCAAAUAUUUUGCUUGUUACUUUUCAGAUGCUGAAUUGUGCAAUUUGAUGAAGAUCGAUUGUAGUAAAUAUUGGAAGGCUAAUUCUUCUUUCUGGGUAAAAUCAAAGCAACCUUGAGCCCUCUGAAAACUACAUAUUACCUUGUUCAUUUAUCAUGUGCCCUGUAACCAGUUAUAUAUACAGGCAGGCUCAAGUUUUAUGUUUACCUGAAGAACAUUAGUAGCAAAGCAAAGUGAUGGAUGUGGAAGGAAAAGCUUUGAAAGCAGGUGGUUCGAGUUCAAGUCCAGGUCUGGAUUCAUCUGGGAAGCGCAGAAAAACUUGUUGUUUGGCGGUGAUCGGCACCACUGUCGGCAUCGUAAUAUUAAUUGUCAUAUUGGCUUUCACGGUAUUCAAGGCCAAGCGUCCCGUGACAACGUUCGACGACGUAGGCAUCAAAGACCUCGACUUGUCUCUCGACAUUGCCAGGCUCAACAUGGACGUGAACGUCACUCUCGAUGUCGAUAUUUCCGUCAAGAACCCCAACAAGGUCGGCUUCAAGUACUCCAACUCCACCGCCCUCGUCAACUACAGAGGCGAGCUCGUCGGUGAAGUCCCACUUCUCGCUGGUGAUAUAUCUGCCGGCGAAACCAAGCACAUGAACCUGUUGCUCACCAUCAUGGCCGACCGCUUGCUUUCCAACACCAAGAUUUACUCCGAUGUCACCUCCGGUGUCCUGCCCCUCAACACCUACAUCAGACUUUCUGGGAAAGUAAAGAUUUUUUUGUUUAGAAUACACGCCGUAUCAUCCUCAUCUUGUGAUUUCAACAUCUACAUCUCCAAUCGAACUAUCGACAAUCAAGGCUGCAAGUAUAAGACAAAACUUUAAAUAUAAUUAGUAAAUACUCUUUUUGUUUCGUCCUUAUAAUGUAAUUUGAUUCAGAAUCUUGUUUCGUCCUUACUUCAUUUUAUAUUUCACUCCACUAUUUUCAUUUGUCCUUAUUUAAUGGAUUACUGGUAUAAUAGUAUUCAAAAUGCCGUA